ACGCUGCGCACAUGCGCAGUUCAAUCAGCCAGCGCGCGCUUUUUGGCGCCGUUUUCCGGCUACUUUGUCGUGAUUCGUUACUGAUGAUCACGUGGUCAAGGGGGGCGGUGGUUUUCGUGGCGAAACUGUGGAAGCUACAGCUGCACUCCACUGAUUGUGCUUUUACACAGCGAAAUUACCAGGUGGGUCACAAAGUUCCUAUUUUCUUUGCACAGUUCAUGUUUAGUAAGUGCCACAUAUCACGCUGUUGAGCGGGAUAUGACAGUCGUCCAUAUGGUUGUGCAUAACGGCGAAAUGGCGUAGCGUCUAAUGCAGCCCACGACUCGUUUUACCAUUUAUUGCCGUUCAUUUACCUUUGAAAGUGCUCGUCAAGUGCGUAUUUAGUGAAGGAUCGAAUACAUCCUUUCUUCCGAAAGGGUGUACGGUGACGCAAAGCGCAAUUGUACAUAGCGUCCGUCAUUGAAGGCGAGGGUUGUUUGUUGAAAUGUUUUUACCUGAUGAAGAUUUCGCCUUGAUUGUUUUAGGGUUGAAGAACUGAAAUGAACCACGUGGAAUCACUUACUACCAGGUGUUUACCUUCUUUCUUAUCGCUGGCGUAUUCUCUAUUCCAUUUCGACCAACCUAGGCUGUUUUAUAGAGAAAUGUUACCCCUGCCAGGACAGUGGCUAGCUGUCGUUGAAUUUUUAGGUGAAAAGACUACGAGCGCAGUUCCAUGUUCGUGGCUUGAAGAAGGUCACAGACGGUGCAGGUGGCCAACCAAAGUUACCGACAAGAGGCGAGAGGAGAUGGUACAAAGAAAUGUUCCACCAGGGCCAUGGAGGCUUUUUGCGGUCAGAGUGCUAGGCUACGCAGAUUCGUACACCGAAGCACAAAACAAAGUAGUCAAAUCGCUCGAAACAUCUGCCUUAGAAUCUGAGCUGUCAGACUCAGAUUCAGCAAGCCCCGCCCAAGGCUCACCACUUUCUGGUAGUACAGAUCAGGCGACUGUGUCAUUGUCCCAGCCCGCUGUGGAAAGUCAAUGUCCUUCAGCACUUGGCUUGCAUAGCCACGCGGUCAUACUCGCAUCUCUGGGCCCCUGCUUUCAUUGCCAUUGCCGCCAACGACAUUGCCAAGAGCUGUCCAGAAAACAGCUGAGCCUGCACCUGAUGAUAGACAUGGACACAUGCGGAAGGUAUACAAAGCUCUUGUGGAGCUCAAAGAAGACUUCAGAAAUCUCAGGGACAUCAUACUUAACAUUGAGGCAACAGUGAAAGCAACAUCAGCUAUUGAGAGCCAGUCCUUUGUGCUUCCGUCUCUGCCGCUUCAGUCUCAGGAUGAUUUAGCAGAACUUGAAGCUCGUCUGCUUGACCCACACUACCGACAUCAGUUUGUAAGCAUGUCUCUUGUCCUUACACUGAGCAACGUAUAAACAUGCUGGUAACUGCACUUUGAAGGUCUCCUUCAUCGCAACAAUAGGUGGGGAGAUUGUCAAGGAUACUGUAAAGCUAACGUGGUGACGUCUUCUGGCGAACCAUAUCGUGACCGAAUACAGCUUAAAAGGAAAGCCGAAGAAAAAAGCAUUUGAUGAGCUUCACAUCUGUGGCUGUAUAAUAGCUGAUUUAAUGUUUUGUUAAUCUGCAGCAGGUGUGUUUUCAUUUGUAUACCGUCUGUGCUGUUGCUGCCUCAAACAAGGUGCCUUAAGAGUUCGAUGUGGGUGUAGAGCACUAAACGAGAUGCACAUGAAAAAUGUGUUCUGUUAAAGCUUGCAUUUUCGAGAUGAGUAGAAAUUUUCAGCACGCAGUAGGCAUUGAUAGUCAAUCAGCUGGACAAUCUUAUUUAUUAUUUUUUUAGAUAUAUGAAUGAUUUAAUAUAACAGUAAA